AUGUCAAGGACAGCGACGACGACGACAUUUAGAAGGCUUGCUAGGCCUUCAGUGCUAUCGCAAUGGUGCAAACCGACGUGCUCAACACAAUGGUCGCGAUCCUUGAUCACGUCGAAACCAGGCGCGAAACACCCUGAUUUUGCCUUUGCAUUCGAUAUCGAUGGCGUGCUCCUCCGUUCUUCCGACCCCCUCCCUCGAGCCCACAAGGCCCUAUCGCUGCUGCAAACCGAACGCAUCCCCUUCAUCCUCCUCACCAAUGGCGGCGGCAAGCACGAGUCGGAAAGAGUAGAAGAGCUCAGUCAGAAGCUAGACAUCGAGCUAGACACGUCAAUGUUCGUGCAGAGCCACACUCCCUUUGCCGACAUGAAGGAGCUCCACGACAAGACAGUCCUCGUGGUAGGAGGCGACCACGACAAGUGCCAGAUCGUUGCCCAGAAGUAUGGCUUCAAAGCCGUAGUCACCCCUGGUGAUAUCGUCACAGCACAUCCCGAUAUCUGGCCCUUUACCAAAAUCUUCGCCGAGUACUACCAAAAGUUCGCCAAACCGCUACCUGCUCUCAUCGAUGCAGAGAACCCGGACAGAUCGCUCAAGAUCGAUGCUGUCUUUGUAUACAGCGACCCUCGCGAUUGGGGCUUGGACACAACCAUCAUAACCGAUCUUCUGCUGUCAAGAGAGGGGAUUAUGGGCACCCUGUCGGCAAAGAACGGAGACAAGACACUGCCAAACAAUGGCUACCAACAAGACAACCAGCCCAAACUCUACUUCUCCAACCCGGACUUGUGGUGGGCUGCGAAAUACCACCUUCCACGCCUGGGUCAGGGUGGCUUCAGAGAGGCCUUUGAGGGUGUCUGGGCAGCCAUUACCGGCGGCCAGAAUGCUGGCGUGAAGUUGCAGAAGAAGGUUAUUGGCAAGCCUUACCAUGAGACGUACGAGUUUGCGGAGAAGAGAUUGAGAGCACACAGAAACGACCUGUACACUGGCGAGUCGAUAGAGCCUUUGCGAAAGGUCUACAUGGUUGGUGACAACCCUGAAUCGGAUAUCGCUGGCGGAAACUCGUACAAGAGCGCUUUCGGAAGCAAGUGGUCGUCUAUCUUGCUUCGUACCGGUGUGUACUCCGGAGGCGAACCCGCUCACAAACCCACCGUUAUUGUCGAUGAUGUGUACGAUGCCGUGCAGUGGGCCAUCGAGGAUGCGAAGAACUAG